AUGGCCACGGACAUACCAGGGUCAGUGACAUUGCCAGUGGCACCCAUGGCCGCUGGUCAAGUGAGAAUGGCAGGUUCUGUGCCUGCCAGAGGGGGAAAGAGGCGUUCUGGAAUGGACUUCGAUGAUGAAGAUGGUGAAGGACCCAGCAAAUUUUCAAGGGAGAACCAUAGUGAGAUCGAGAGACGCAGGAGGAACAAGAUGACCCAGUACAUCACCGAGCUCUCUGACAUGGUGCCCACCUGCAGCGCCUUGGCGCGCAAACCCGACAAGCUGACCAUCCUACGCAUGGCAGUGUCUCACAUGAAGUCCAUGAGGGGCACUGGGAACAAAUCUACCGAUGGAGCAUAUAAGCCUUCUUUCCUAACUGAGCAGGAAUUGAAGCACCUCAUCCUUGAAGCAGCUGAUGGUUUUCUCUUCGUGGUGGCUGCUGAAACAGGCCGAGUGAUCUACGUCUCGGACUCGGUUACGCCAGUUCUGAACCAGCCUCAGUCGGAGUGGUUUGGCAGCACCCUCUAUGAGCAGGUUCACCCGGAUGACGUAGAGAAGCUGAGGGAGCAGCUCUGUACCUCUGAAAACUCCAUGACGGGGAGGAUUUUGGAUUUGAAAACUGGCACAGUAAAGAAGGAAGGUCAACAGUCUUCAAUGAGAAUGUGCAUGGGAUCCAGGCGUUCCUUCAUAUGCAGAAUGAGAUGUGGAAAUGCUCCAUUGGAUCAUUUACCUCUGAACAGGAUAACAACCAUGAGGAAAAGAUACAGAAAUGGCCUGGGCCCAGUGAAGGAAGGAGAGGCACAAUAUGCUGUGGUUCACUGUACUGGGUACAUCAAGGCAUGGCCCCCAGCAGGAAUGACCAUACCGGAAGAAGAUGCUGAAGUGGGUCAAGGCAGCAAAUAUUGCCUGGUGGCGAUAGGAAGACUUCAGGUGACCAGUUCGCCGGUAUGCAUGGAUAUGAAUGGAAUGUCGGUCCCCACAGAAUUCUUAUCCAGGCAUAGCUCCGAUGGAAUAAUUACCUUUGUGGAUCCAAGAUGCAUCAGUGUUAUUGGCUAUCAGCCCCAGGAUCUUUUGGGGAAAGAUAUUUUAGAAUUCUGCCAUCCAGAAGAUCAAAGUCAUUUAAGAGAAAGUUUCCAGCAGCUUCAGCAGCAACAAGCUGAGUUGGAAGUACACCAGAGAGAUGGACUUUCCUCCUAUGACUUAACUCAGGUGCCAGUUCCGAGUAUACAGUCUAAUGUUCAUGAGGGGGGGAAAGCAGUGGAAAAACCAGACACCAUCUUCACCCAGGAAAGAGAUCCAAGAUUUGCGGAGAUGUUUGCUGGCAUAACUGCUUCAGAUAAAAAGAUGAUGCCUUCAGCGUCCACAACAGGAAACCAGCAGAUCUACUCUCAAGGGAGCCCGUUUCAACCAGGACAUUCUGGGAAAUCUUUCAGCUCAUCUGUGGUCCAUGUGCCAGGUGUCAACGACAUCCAGUCCUCUUCAUCAACAGGCCAGAACCUGUCACAGAUUUCUCGGCAGUUAAAUCAAAGCCAAGUUGCCUGGACAGGAAGUCGCCCUCCAUUCUCUGGACAGCAAAUCCCUUCACAAGCCAGCAAGGCACAAUCAUCCCCCUUUGCCAUUGGAUCCAGCCAUACUUACCCUGCUGAUCCAGCUUCCUUCAGCCCCCUUUCCAGUCCAGCUACAUCUUCUCCAAGUGGAAACGCCUAUUCCAGCCUAGCUAACAGGACGACAGGCUUCGCUGAGAGCAGCCAAAGUAGUGGACAGUUUCAAGGGCGGCCUUCAGAGGUCUGGUCCCAGUGGCAAAGCCAGCACCAUAACCAGCAGAACAGCGAGCAGCAUCCUCACCAGCAAACCAGCCAGACAGAAGUGUUCCAGGAUAUGCUACCUAUUCCAGGGGAUCCAACCCAAGGGACUGGCAAUUACAACAUAGAAGACUUUGCUGAUUUGGGCAUGUUUCCACCAUUUUCUGAGUAAAUUUAUCUUGCCA